CUGUAGAUAUGUUCUCUUCCUGCUUAUUUUGGGACAUUUUGGGUUCAUUUCCUGUUGAUUUUAAGGCACUCUAGUUACUUCCUGUAGAUAUCGGGUCACUUCCUGUUAAUUUCGGGGCAUUUCAGGGUCACUUUGUUUAUUUUUUACAUUUCAGUUCACUUCCUGUUUAUUUUGAGGACAUUUCAGGGUCACUUCCUGUUGAUUUUGAGGCACUAGUUACUUCCUGUAGAUAUUGGGUCACUUCCUGUUGCUUUUGGGGCAUUUCGGAUUCACUUCCUGUACAUAUCGGGUCACUUCCCAUUAAUUUUGAGGCUUUUCAGUCACUUCCUGUUGAUUUUGCAGCAUUUCAGGGUUACUUAAAUGUUGAAUUUGAGGAAUCUUGGACUUCCUGUUGCCAUCUGGUCACUUCCUGUUGAUUUUGAGGCAUUUCAGGAUCACUUCCUGUUGAUUUUGUGGCAUUUCAGGGUUACUUCCUGUUGACGUUGAAGCUUUCCAGGGUCCCUUCCUGUCCGUAUUGGGUCACUUCCUGUUGAUUUUGAGGUAUUUCAGGGCCACUUCCUGUUGAUUUUAAGGCACUCUAGUUACUUCCCGUAUAUAUUGGGUCACUUCCUGCUAUGGGGGCAUUUCAAGGGUCAUUUCCUGUUGAUUUUGGGGCAUUCCAGGGUCACUGACGAUAUCGGGUCACUUCUUGUUGCUUUUGGGGUUUUUCGAGUUCGCUUCCUGUACAUAUUGGGUCACUUCCUGUUUAUUUUGAGGACAUUUCGGGUCCACUUCCUGUUGAUUUUCAGGCAUUCUAGUUACUUCCUGUAGAUAUCGGGUAACUUCCUGUUUUGGGGGCUUUUCAGAAUCACUUCCUGUUGAUUUUGGGGCAUUCCAGCGUCACUUUCUGUAGAUAUUGGGUCACUUGUCUGUCUCGGAGCAUUUCCAGUUCACUUCCUGUACAUAUUGGGUCACUUCCUGUUAAUUUUGAGGCUUUUCAGUCACUUCCUGUUGAUUUUGCAGCAUUUCAGGGUCCCUUAAAUGUUGAUUUUGAGGCAUCUCUGACUUCCUGUGGCCAUCUGGUCACUUGCUGUUGAUUUUUUUUUAGGCAUUUCAGGAUCACUUCCUGGUGAUUUUGGGGCAUUUCAGGGUUACUUCCUCUUGAUGUUGAUGCUUCCCAGGGUCCCGUCCUGUCCGUAUUGGGUCACUUCCUAUUGAUUUUGAGGCUUUUCAGUCAGUUCAUGUUGAUUUUGAGGACAUUUUAGGUUCACUUCCUGUUGAUUUUAAGGCACUCUAGUUACUUCCCGUAUAUAUCUGGUCACUUCCUGUUAAUUUGGGGGCUUUUCAAGGGUCACUUACUGUUUAUUUUGAGGACAUUUCAGGGUCACUUCCUGUUGACUUUGAGGCACUAGUUACUUCCCGUAGAUAUUGGGUCACUUCCUGUUGAUUUUGGGGCAUUCAAGGUCACUUACUGUAGAUAUUGGGUCACUUGAACACUUCCCAUUAAUUUUGAGGCUUUUCAGUCACUUCCUGUUGAUUUUGCAGCAUUUCAGGGUUACUUCCUGUUGAUGUUGAAGCUUUCCAGGGUCCCUUCCUGUCCGUAUUGGGUCACUUCCUAUUGAUUUUGAGGCUUUUCAGUCGGUUCAUGUUGAUUUUGAGGACAUUUUAGGUUCACUUUCUGUUGAUUUUAAGGCACUCUAGUUACUUCCCGUAUAUAUCGGGUCACUUCCUGUUUUUGGGGCAUUUCAAGGGUCACUUCCUGUUAAUUUGGGGGCAUUUCAGGGUCACUUCCUGUUUAUUUUGAGGACAUUUCAGGGUCACUUCCUGUUGAUUUUGAGGCACUAGUUACUUCCCGUAGAUAUUGGGUCACUUGCUGUUGAUUUUGGGGCAUUCAAGGGUCACAUACUGUAAAUAUUGGGUCACUUCCCAUUAAUUUUGAGGCUUUUCAGUCACUUUCUGUUGAUUUUGCAGCAUUUCAGGGUUACUUCCUGUUGAUGUUGAAGCUUUCCAGGGUCCCUUCUUGUCCGUAUUGGGUCACUUUUUAUUGAUUUUUAUGAGGCUUUUCAGUCAGUUCAUGUUGAUUUUGAGGACAUUUUAGGUUCACUUCCUGUUGAUUUUAAGGCACUCUAGUUACUUCCCGUAUAUAUUGGGUCACUUCCUGUUAUGGGGGCAUUUCAAGGGUCAUUUCCUGUUAAUUUGGGGGCAUUACAGGGUCACUUUGUUUAUUUUGACAUUUCAGGGUCACUUCCUGUUUAUUUUGAGGACAUUUCAGGGUCACUUCCUGUUGAUUUUGAGGCACUAGUUACUUCCCGUAGAUAUUGGGUCACUUCCUGUUGAUUUUGUGGCAUUCAAGGUCACUUACUGUAGAUAUUGGGUCACUUGAACACUUCCUAUUAAUUUUGAGGCUUUUCAGUCACUUCCUGUUGAUUUUGCAGCAUUUCAGGGUCACUUAAAUGUUGAUUUUUGAGGCAUCUCGGACUUCUUGUGGCCAUCUGGUCACUUCUUGUUGAUUUUGGGGCAUUUCAGGGUUAUUUCCUGUUGAUGUUGAAGCUUUACAGGGUCCCUUCCUGUCCAUAUUGGGUCACUUUCUAUUGAUUUUUAUGAGGCUUUUCAGUCAGUUCAUGUUGAUUUUGAGGACAUUUUAGGUUCACUUCCUGUUGAUUUUGAGGCACUCUAGUUACUUCCCAUAGAUAUUGGGUCACUUCCUGUUUUGGGGGCAUUUCAAGGGUCAUUUCCUGUUGAUUUUCGGGCAUUCCAGGGUCACUUUCUGUAGAUAUCAGGUCAUUUCUUGUUGCUUUUGGGGCAUUUCAAGUUCACUUCCUGUACAUAUUGGGUCACUUCCUAUUGAUUUUGAGGCAUUUCAGGGUCUCUUCCUGUAGAUAUCUGAUCUCUUCCGGUUUACUUUAAGGACAUUUCGGGCUCACUUCCUGUUGAUUUUUAGGCAUUCUAGCGUAACUUCCUGUAGAUGGUUUACUUCCUGUUGAUUUUGGGGCAUUUUGGGCUCACCUCCUGUACAAAUUGGGUCACUUCCUAUGGUUUUGGGGGCUUUUAGUCACUUCCUGUUGAUUUUGAGGCAUCUUAGAGUUUCUGUUGAUAUCCGGUUGCUUCCUGUUUAUUAUUGGGACAUUUCGGGUUCACUUCCUGUUGAUUUUGGGCCGCCUCAGGGUCACUUCCUGUUGAUUUUGAGGCAUUCCAGGGUCACUUCAGAUAUCGGGUUACUUCCUGUUGAUUUUGGAGCAUUUCAGGGUCACUUCCUGUUGAUUUUGAGGCAUUCCAGGGUCAUGUCCUGUUCAUAUCGGUUCACUUCCUGUUUAUUUGGGGGCAUUUCGGGGUCACUUCCCUUUCAUAUUGGGUCACUACCUGUUGAUAUGGGAUCACUUCGCUUGGAAAUCAAUAGGAGUGAAUGCAAGUUUUUGUACAAUUGAAACGAAUGGCAAAUUGGCCCAUUGAAAGUUAACGGGAAAUUAUGGCCAUUAGAAGUGAUGAGGGUAUGUUUUUGGCAAAUUCUGGCCGAACUGAAAUUUUUUUAGCAUAAAAUUAUUGAACUUGUGCCCCUUAGUGUCAUGAUUUUUUUUGGUAUAAGCAUGAUUUGAUUUUGAUUUAAAAAAAAAAAAAAAAAAAAGCUACCAUCAAAAACAAAAUAGUGCUUAAAGAUUAACAGUAUUACAUUCUGGACGAAAAAAAUUAAGGAUGAGAAAAUUCCAAUGAGGUGCUGCUGCUUGCGCGCAUGCGCACAACGCGUUACAAAUACCGCCCGCCUAUUGGCCUCUAGGGCUGCCCAUCAUCAGUGAGUGGGUGGGGCUUUGACAUUCCUCUCCAAAAAGAAAAAAAGAGAAAGUUACCAAAAUGGCGGCGUCAACCUGCCCGUCCGCUGGAAAACAAUAGGCGAGCACCAGCGGAGCUACAAACAACCCUCCCGGCAAAAGGACCGCCGUCCCGGGGCGACGAUUCGCAAACAUCCCGCUCGGAGUAUGAUUCGUUUACGCGCUACUUAAUCCAGUCUGCCGGACUAACCGAAUAGAGCUUGCCGAGGAGCUAGCCGCGGCUAACGGCUACACGGAGGGAGGGAGGCGGACAGGCCGGAGAAGGUAGGCAGACAGGCGGGCGAGCAGACAGGCAGGCGGGCGAAUAGCAGGCGGAGAAUCAGCUGUCGCCGCAACAGAUGCCGUAGAACGACCGUUCAGCCACACGUUCACAGUAAGUCCUUUCCACACACACGGCGGACAAUGGUGUCCUAGUGUCCGGGGAGGGGGGGAAGGCUAGCAUUUUGUGCGUUAGUUUACCCGGAAAGUUUGGGAGCAAGGAAGUCCGCUCCAAAGAGUCACCGACAGGGUGAGCUUGCCUUAGCGCUUAGCGGCCAGCUAACACGAAGUUUGCUUUGAGCUGACUUAAAAUCUGCCCUCCACGAAUAUCGUCGCUGGGGGGGUCGUUCCACUGAGGACUUUCUUUCGGGCGUCCAACUUGAGUGAGUGGAGGAAUGUGCUUAAUGGACGGAGCAUGUAAACGCGGCGCGCGCCAGGACACACGCAGAAACGGGGCUCCGGUGCUAAUGUGCUAGCUAGCCUUUGGAAGCAACUCUUCUGCGGCUUCUGGCUGCUCGUUUUGCCCGCACUCGGGCUACGCGUCCCGCUCUCCUUCCCGGCCAGCCGGCCGGGGGGGUGACUAAAGGCCAUUAACAAGACAAAGGCUUGUCUCCAAUGGAGCCAGCGGCACGGCAGGCUUUGUAAGGGUCGAGGGAGGGGAGGGACGGACGAAGGGGGUGGACAGACUGACGCCCGCAGCCACAAAAAACAACCAGAAAAAGUCACACAGUCAGCGUUUUAUGGACCAAACCUGAGCCCGCAACUUUUUUUUUUUUUUUUUAAUAUUGAUGAUGGCGGAUUUUGUUACACCGCGACACAGCGCGGUGAUGGAGCGCCUCCGGCGGAGGAUCGAGCUCUUCCGGCAGCACCACAACAGCUGCGAGACCCGCUACAAUGCCGCCGCGCUGGAGAGCCUGGAGCUGGAGAGGCAGCAAACCUUCGCCCUGCACCAGCGCUUCCAGCAAGCCAAGGCCAAGAGGUCCAGCAAGCACCGACAACCCCCGGCAGCUGGCGAGCAAGCCGGCCAGAGGGCACCCGGUUCCGGCGGCGGAGGAGGAGUGGCGACGGCGGGCUCGGAGCUCGGCGACUCCAGCGGGGGAGCCGCCGAACAGAGUCGGAACAGCACGCUCAUCGCCUUGCAGGAGACGGUGAAGAGAAAGCUGGAGAGCGCCGGUUCGCCGCUGGGCCGAGAGCAAGUCAACGGAUUCCCGCCCGGCAAGAAGGUGUGCGCGGCUAACGGCUCCCCCAUGGACUCCAAGCUCGGCCUGGGCGACGCGCAGGAGCUGGCGGCGGACGGCGCCAAGGAGGCGGCGUCUGUCGACUUCCAUCGCAAGGAGAUGAAGCAGGAGCCGGACGACAUCCUGCCCAUCAUGCCUCCCUCGGUAGGAGGGAACAACAACAACAACAGCUUGUUCCCGGACCUCAACUUCAACGAGCAGGAGUGGACGGAGUUGAUGGAGGAGCUGAACCGCACGGUGGCCUACGAGGACAUCCAGGACAUCCUCAACGACGGCUUCGAGGAGCGCAAAGACCCGCUGGAGAUGACGCCCAACGGCACGCCGUCCUCCCAGGGUCUGCUCCCUCUGGAUUUGGGGAGCGUGAAAGCCGAGUUCUCCCCGUCCGCCUUCGAGCGGGACUCGCGCGCCCCGCCUUCGCCCCGCAUCAGGUCGGCGUCUUCGGGAGGGCUCCGCCCCGCCGGCUCUCCCGCCGCCACCUCUCCGGCCGUCCCCCCGCCCAGGCAGCAGCACCCGGCGACGGCGGCCCCCAACCACCUCCUGGUCAAAGACCUGUCCCCCGCCCAGCAGCUUCAGCAGCUGGCCGCCCAGCAGCAACGGGCGCAGGCACAGCACCACCACGGCCAGCUUCAGCCGGCGCCGGCCGUGGCCAAGUUCCACGGCCAGGGCCACCCGACGCCCUGGACUCAGACGGCCGCCCCCUCGCAGUUGGGAACGGACAAACCGGCCGGCCCUACUUUGUACCCGCAGGACUUCAAUUCCAACGCGCAGAAGCAGCAACAGCAGCAGCGGCUUAUGCCCGGCCAGCCCCCCAAGGGCUCGCCCAAGGCGGGGGCCAACACCUACGCCGCAGGCGGCCAUCCCAACGUGCUGAGCCGGCCGGCCCCCGCGGCCAUGCUAAACUACAACAACACCAAGCCGCUGUGCCACUUUGAGGCCGGGCCCAGGCCGCCCGAGGGUCAGAACCAGAACAAGGCCGCCCUCCUCAACCUGCUCCGGCAGCAACAACAACAACAACAGCAACAGCAGCAACAAAAGAACAUGAACUUUCGCCAACAUCUCACCCACUCGCAGGACCAGAGCUCGUACCCGGCCCCGCCGCACGGCCCCGCUCCCGCCAACGCCUUGACGUCAGCGCAGGGCAACGGCGGCAUGACGCCGGCGCCCAACCACGCCAACGCCGCCUACCUCAACAGUCAAGCGGCCGCCGCCGCCGCUGCGCUCAAGCAGCAGCAGAUGAUCGAGCAGCAGAAGCAGCAGUACCUGCAGAGACAGCAGAUGAUGGCGGAACAGGAAAAACAACGUCAACAGGACCAGCAACUCCAGAGGCACCUGACGCGACCGCCCCCUCAGUACCAGGACCAGCCGGGACAGGCCGGCGCUCAGAACGCUUUCCCUCCGACGGCUCUCGGCCAGUUUACAGCUUCGCAGCCCACGGCGGGAGGCCCCGCCCCCGCCGGCCAGCGCGUCUUCUCUCCGCCGCGGGGCGUGAUGGGAGUCAACGGCGGAGCGGCGGCGUGCGGGGACACGCGGCAGGCACUCUACAACAACAUGAAUCCGCGCCGACCGCCGUACAACCGCCACAAUCUUCUGGCCCAGCAACAGCAGAUGGCGCGAAUGCCCGCCAACAUGCAAGCCGCCCAGAGCGCCGUGUGGCAACAGCAGCAGCAGCCGCCGCCGCCGCCCGCCCCGAGCAACGCCUUCGCCUUCCACAUGCAGCAGCAGCCCGGUAUCCCUAAGGCCGGGCGUCCCGUGAUGCAGAGCAACGCCCAGCAGCGGGCGGCUCCCCAGCCGCAGCCACAGGCCGCUCCGAACCUUCCGGAGCUAGCGGCGUUCGGGGGGCGGCGGGGCCCGUCCUCUGUCCCCGCUCCGGUCCAGGCCUCGGCCUGCGAGCGCGCGUACAGGCCGAGCGGGACGCCCGCUCAACAACAACAACAACAACAACAACAGCAGCAGCAGCUGUCCUUUGGCUACAACCACGCCGCGGGGAGCUUCGCCGCCGAAAGCGAGCUGGUGGAGUCGCUGCUGAAGGGACAGAGCGCGCACGAGUGGAUGGCCGACCUGGACGAGCUCCUGGCCUCGCACCAGUAGACUUGUCGGUCGCUCGACCGAGAGACCUUUUACCGUUUCCUUUCCCUUUCCUCGCCACGUUUCCGGAAGUCGAUAAGCGCCGUCGGAGUUGGAAUGUCCGCUUCUAACGCUGAAUUUUGUCAGCCAUGAAUUUCAUUUGCAGAAUAUUCUGUGGCAAAAAUAAAUGAGUUGGCAAAGUCGUCGAAAAAAAAUCAGUUGCAAAAAAAAUUGUCCAAAAGGAGUCGCGGAAAAAUCCUCCCCCCCCCCAAAAAAUCGGCUGUUUCAAAAUUCUUUGACAAAAAAUUCCGACAUAAAAAUUUGGUUUUGUGAAAAAAAAAAAUAUGGUCAAAAAGUUAGGUUGCAACUCCCCCCAAAAUAUGAAAUGCUAAAAAAUAUUCAGAGGUUCAAAAAUUCCGACAAAAUUUUAGUUGCAAAAUAUUCCGACAUUAAAAAGUUUUCUUGGGGCGGGGAAAAUAUGGGCAAAACAUUAGGUUACAAAAAAAUCAUCCAAAAUAAAACUCAGCUGUUCAUUCAUUUCCAAAAAUUUAGUUGCAAAAAAUUCCAACAUAAAAUUGUUUUGUUAUAUAAAAAAAAAAUUAUGGGCUAAAAAAUUGGUUGCAGAAACAAAAAAUACCCCCCCCCCCAAAAAAAAUUUUUUUUUAAAAUUGGGUUUUGUUGUAAAAAACAAACAAAUAUGCGCAAAAAAAAUAUUCCAAACUCAGCUGCUCAAAAAUAAAUUGACAAAACAAUUGGUUGCAAAAAAUUCCAACAUAAAAAUGUUGUUUUGUUGGGAAAAAAAUAAAGAGCAAAAAAAAAACAAACUUUUUUUCUUUCAAAGAAUUCAGUGGCCAAAAAUUUAGUGAAAAAUUCAAUGGCCUAAAUUAGGUCCUAAUAGUCAGUGGCAAAAACUUAGUUGAUAAAAUUUUGUCAAAAAUGGUGGCAAAAAAUAAUUUGGUAUCAUCCAAAAAAAAAAAAAAAAAAUCAGCUGCACAAAAAUUGACCCAAAAAAUAGAUGCAGAAAAUUUGAACAUAAAAAUUCAGUUUUGUUGGAAAAAAAAUUGUGGGGAAAAAUUGGAUUUUUGUAUUAGAUUCCGUCCCUCACAGUUGAAGAGAACUUAUGAUACAAAUUACAGACCUCUACAUGGCUUGCAAGUGGGAAAACCAGCAAAAUCAGCAGUGUAUCAAAUACUUGUUCUCCCCACUGUAGAUGCAGAAAAUAUGAACUUAAAAAUUCAAUUUUGUUGGGAAAAAAAAAUCAUCCCCAAAAAUUUCAAAUGCUAAGAAAAUUGUCUGAAAAGUUAAGUUACUCAAAAAUGUAGUUGCAAAUCAUCUUGACAUAAAAAUUAAGUUUUGUUGGAAGAAAAGAUGCAAGUUCACAAAAAAUUUGUCUCAAAAAAUUACGUGGCCAAAAAUUUAGUCAUGAAAAAUUCAAUGGGGAAAAAAAAGAGGUCACAAAUAAUCAAUGGCAAGAAUUUAGUUGAUAUAAUUUGGUCAAAUGGUGGUAAAAAAAAUAAUUUGGCAUCCCCCCCCCCCCCCACACACACACACACACACACAAAAAUCAGUUCCUGAAAAAUUUAGAAAAGUUAAAAUUUUUUGGGUUAGGGUUUUGUUGGAAAAAAAUAGAGCAUUUUUUUUUUCCUCAAAAAAAUUCCGUUGCCAAAAAUUUAGUGGAAAAUUCAAUGGCCAAAAUUAUGUCACAAAUAUUCAGUGGCAAAAACUUCAUAAAAGUUCAUAAAAUUUUGUAAAAAAAAAAAUGGUGGCAAAAAAUAAUUUGGUAUCAUCCAAAAAAUAAUCAGCUGCACAAGAAUUGACCCAAAAAAUAGUUGCAAAAAAAUUGAACGUAAAAAUUCAAUUUUGUUGAAAAAAAAAAAAUGUGGGCAAAAAAAUAAUCCCCAAAAAUUUCAAAUGCUGAUAAAAUUGUCUGAAAAAGUUAAGCUACUCAAAAAUUAUUUGGCAAAAAUUUAGUCGGAAAUCAUCCUGGCAUAAAAAUUAACUUUUGUUGGAAGAAAAGAUACAAGGGCAAAAAAAAAUUGUUCACAAAAAAAUUGUCUCAAAAAAUUACGUGGCCAAAGAUUUAGUCAUGAAAAAUUCAAUGGGGGGGAAAAAAGGUCACAAAUAGUCAAUGGCAAGAAUUUAGUCGAUAUAAUUUGGUCAAAAAUGGUGGCAAAAAAAUCAUUUGACAUCACCCCCCCAAAAAAUCAGCUGCUGAAAAAUUUUAGGAAAAAAAAUUUGUUGUUAAAAUUUUGUGCAGCUGAAUACCAUUUUUAGUGAUUUUUCACGACUCCUUUUUUCUGGAACUGAAUUCGGACGCGGACCAAAUGAAAAUGUCGUCUCGCAACUCCCGACGGCAAAGAUUUCCCGCCGUGAAUUCCCAAGAAGAACUUUGUUUUUUUUCUAUGUUGUGUCUUCAUCUGCACAUAGAUGUUAUUUUUAUAUAUGGCAGACCAUUUUUGUAAGUAUUUUCUACUUUUGAUAUCUUGGUGUAAAAGCAGAGGAUUAUGUGCUUGUAAAUACACGUCUACUCCACAAACACGCGUG